CAGAGCAGCAACCAACCAGCCAGUCAGUCAGUCCGUAACAAGAAAGAAACAACUGGCGAGACUUUUCAGUUCAGACAGCAGCACACAAAAAAGAAACCGGGCCGGUAAUGUGGAGUCGGCAGCCGGAGGACAGCACCGACUGAGCCGUUAACCGUUAAAAGAGGAAACAACCGAGCCAAAAAGGAGCUGUCAUUUUUUUUUCUUCUUCUUUUUUUUUUUUUUUUUUUACUUAACGACUCCGCCGGCUUCGGCUUUCUUCGGAGAGACUCUGCUCGGUUCGGCUGGCAGGUUAGCUAACCGCCGCUAGCUCCUCGGCUAACACCUCGACACCGUCAGAAAAAAAGCCGCACCUGUCGUCAGCGACCCCGUAUCUGGCUAUAAACUCAAAAACGAUGUUCCGCUUUGUUCCGAAGGACUUUUUCCACGCACGAGCUUUGCCGCGCGACCAGUGAUAGCUAACUCAAAACAGCCCGAGCUAACAAGUUGACGUGGAGGAGGAACUCAAAUUUUUUUUUUUUUUUUUGGGGAGGAUUGUCGAGAUUGUUGAUGUUCUCCAAACGGAUUACUUUUCCUUUUUUUUUUUUUUUUUAAAUGUGUGUUCUCUCUCGAAACAACUCAUCCAGGUUACAACAAACCAGCAUGUUUAUUAGUGGGCAUAAAGUAAUUCACAGUGUUUACACAUUCCACAGUGGGACUCUUUCCUGCAACGGAAACAUUAGCUAACACAGACUAGAUCAGUGUCGUCGUGUUGUGUUCAUUUAGGUAGAUAUAGAUAGUCGGAAUAAACUACAUAUAUUGCAAAAUCAGCUGUUGAUUGUGGCGUUCAUAGUUAAACCAACCAGUGAUCUGAUUACUGCACAGGUUGUGUUUUCACAACAGUAGGGUGUUUGUUCGCGACCCGCUUCCCUCCACUUGACAGUGAAGUCACGUGUGAGUUGAUCCAUUGAUCGGAUCGUUAUUGUGCUAUUUCAGCUGAUUGAGAGAGAGAGGUAGAAAGAGAGAGAGAUGUCGGGACAAUCUAUCACGGAUCGGAUCGCAGCGGCUCAGCACAGCAUGACCGGGUCGGCCAUCAGCAAGGCGGUGUGCAAAGCCACCACACAUGAAGUGAGCGGACCCAAGAAGAAACACCUGGAUUAUCUGAUCCACUGCACCAAUGAGAUGAAUGUGAGCAUUCCCCAGCUGGCGGACACGUUGUUCGAGCGCACGGCCAACUCCAGCUGGGUGGUGGUCUUCAAGGCCCUGAUCGCCACCCACCACCUCAUGAUGUACGGCAACGAGCGUUUGAUCCAGUACCUGGCCUCCAGAAACACUCUGUUUAACCUGAACAACUUCCUGGAUAAGGGAGCCCUGCAAGGUUACGACAUGUCGACCUUCAUCAGACGAUACAGCCGUUAUCUGAACGAGAAGGCCAUGUCCUACAGACUGGUGGCUGUGGAUUUCACCAAGAUGAAGAGGGGGAUCGACGGCGUGAUGCGUACCAUGAACACAGAGAAGCUGAUCAAGACGCUGCCCAUCAUUCAGAACCAGCUGGAUGCUCUGCUGGAUUUCCAGGCUAACCCUAAUGAGCUCACCAAUGGAGUGAUCAACUCAGCCUUCAUGCUGCUCUUCAAAGACUCCAUAAGGCUGUUUGCUGCUUACAAUGAAGGGGUCAUCAACCUAUUGGAGAAAUACUUUGACAUGAAGAAGAACCAGUGCAAAGAUGCUCUGGACAUCUACAAGAAAUUCCUUUGCAGGAUGACGAAGCUGUCGGAGUUCCUCAAAGUGGCCGAGCAAGUUGGAAUAGAUCAGGGUGACAUCCCAGAUCUCUCACAGGCCCCCAGCAGCCUCCUGGAGGCCUUGGAGCAGCACUUGGCCUCUCUGGAGGGCAAGAAGACUAAGGAGCUGAAUGCCGACACCAGAGCGUCCACCCUGUCCAGCGCCGUCUCAUCUCUGUCCACCACCGGCAUGUCCUUCAGCCGCAUGGACGAGAAGGAGAAGCAGCAGGCCCUGGAGGAGGAGCAGGCCAGACUGCAGGCUCUUAAGGACCUGCGCCUGAAGGAGAUGGGCAUGCAGACUCCUCCCUCUGCCUCCCCCAGCAGCCAAUCAAUAGGCGGUGGCAUCAGCAACAACAACCACAUCACACAAACCCCAGAGUUGUUCACCGCCACGCUGUCUGCCAACAGUGUGCCCAAUCUGAACAGCGACCUGUUUGAUCUUCAGCCGGCCUUCAUCCCCGCUGUGCAGAGCAAUCCUUCAAUCUCCACCGCCAACAGUGCCUGGGGAGGAUUGGAGAACCAGCAGCAGCAGACCAGCGCAGCCAUGACUGUAGAUUUCGAUGCUGUGUUUGGGAAUAAGGCCGCGCCCAGUAACAACGGCCCACAACCUGCAGCCGGUUUCGAUGCUCUAGGAGACCUGUUGAAGCCUACGAUGCCCGCACACAACGCUCCUCUUCCUCCCCCUCAAAUGGCCAUCCAUCACGGAGGAAAGCUGCUAGCCAACGACCUCGACUCCUCUCUGGCCAACCUCGUGGGCAAUCUGCAGUUCGGCGGGACCCCGGCCAAGAAUUCGUCCCUCUUCAGGCCAGAGAUGCAGUGGAACCAGAGCGGAGAGAAGAAGCUGACGGGAGGCCAUAACUGGCAGAAUAAGACCAUGUCGACCACACAGUGGGGCCCGGCGCCCAUGGCUCCACAGCCCAUGCCUGUUCAACACGUGAAUGGAAUGUUCUAUACUAGUUAUGCUCCAGCUCCCAUGGCUUUUCCCAUGACCACACCGCAAGUGCCUGUGUAUGGAAUGGUCCCUCCCCACAUGGGUCAGAUGGGCGGGGUACCAGUGAUGGCUCCUCAGGCAAUGAUGUACAACCAGCCUGUUCUCAGACCCACCAACCCCUUCGCACCGAUGCCCGGAGCCCAGGUCAGCUAUCCAGUACUUGUGCAUUCAUACGCACAGAACGACACCUUUGCAACUGAAAAGAUGCAGUUUAUGUAAUCCAGUCAGGGGGAAGCAGAGUGCCAAACAAACAAACAAACAGCAGAAGAAAACACACGAGAGGAGCGAUCAGAUGGACGGAGGAAUGAUUUGAUCGAGAUAAAACGACCGAGAGACAGACAGACGACAAGAUAACCAACCGACACCAAAAAAAACACGUUGGAAGGAGGAGGAGGAGGAGGAGAUGAGCGAGCAGAGGAUGGAGGGAUGGUGGUGGGAAGAUGUCAUCCCGGCUGGUUGUUGUCUGAAACAACUCCGUACGUGUGUGUGUGUGUAGCCUCUUUCUGUUACACUGUCUAAUUUGUGUUUUAAAUCAUAUCGAUGGAGUGAUGCGUCAGGAGAGGGAAUAAGGGUGAGAGAGAAAGAUGGGAGGAGGAGGAAGAGAGGAGGAGGAAAUCCUCCCUCUGUGAGAGUCUCUGCUGCAGAAUUAGCUUUAUUUCAUACUGGUGCUACUUUUGUCCCCUCCGGGUUACCGUCCGCCUGCAACGGCAACUUGGGAACCCUCUGGAGGGGACAAGUGUUGAGUGUGUGUGUGUGUGUGUGUUUGUGCGGCAGUUGUUUCAGACAAUACCUUCACAACCCACCUCCCCUCCAUCCCCCUUCGUUCGUUGUCCGCGUCCACAAACGUACCAAUAAGCGAGAGAUUUACAGGCAGAUCUCCUCGAGUGUGUUUCCCGUAGUUUCCCUCUCUGUCGGGGAGAUCUUUGUAUUUUUCGGCCUGUUUUCUUCUGCAGCCUCUCCUGAAUGUUGUACAGCAACUUGUUGAACCAUUUGUUAAUAAUAGCAUAAUGUUGUUAUGGGUUUUUAAGCUUAAGUCUUUGUUUACCCAUGCUGUGUUGAUUUCUUCUUCUAAAGCUACAGAUACACACAGAGACAUGAGGAGGAUUAGCGGUGAAACGACGCGCUUGCGCUGUGAAAAGGCAUCUAAAUUGUCUGCGAACCAAAAAGCCCUAAAGCCUGGUCACACCAGAGAGCGGUAAAGCCAAUUUCAUCUGUUCAUCUUCGAGAAACGUGGUUUUAUAAGCGACGACUCGCAGGACCGCUGUAGCUGGAGAGCUAAUUGCUAACACGCUAGCGCUAGUUGGCCGAAAUUUCUCCAUUUUUAUUUGUCUGUUUCUCAUUUAAGUCUCUGAAAGUUAUGGAAGAGAUGAGAAACGACUCACACUGAGCUAGCUAGUGUUCAGUCUGCCGGUUAGCGAGGACCUUUAAGUGUCCCUGCAAGGGCACAAGAUGGAGGACAAUUAAUUCAGCACUUGGCACAACUGAGACGAAUACUCGUGUUUUGUACCCCACGAUCCACUAAAACAUAGUUUAUUUGAAAACUGUAUAAUAACACUAUUAAACACGAUGUUAUACCUUUUCAAACUAAACGCAAGGUGUUCGUUAGUGCGCAUUAGCUGCUAUUUAUUCUGAAAACAAAUUUCUACGAAUGUCUUUGUGGUCUAUGAAUAACUUAAUGAGCUACAACAACAAAGAUCACCGGCCCUCCCGAGCUGGUCGACAGCGAUACAUCGGUGUUUAAAGCAGACGUUUAAGGCAUCAAUGAGGUUUUUUUAUUGGGUGAUAAUGAGCGGGACAUAACACGAUAAACGUUCACAGCCAACAAGCGACGACGGCUUCCUUCAUUUUCCCGCCAAAAGUCGAGAUUUUGGUACAACAGAUUUCACCGUUUAAAGUGCUGGUGUGACCGGGCAUUACACAUUUAUCUUGACACAGUUUUGGCUGCCAUUACUCUCCGUAGAGGGUUUAAACUGAGUAUUUAUUGUUAGCGUUAGCUACCUGUUAGCACCCGGUUAACCUGUGUGUAUCUGUCCCUCUCGUCCUCAUCAGCUCAGACGUCACAGGCUUCUAAAUUAAGAGUUUUGUUUAAUAUAUAUUAGGUACACCCUAUUGGCAGAUCCACACAAUGUGCCGGUGAUUGAAGACAGCAGCACUGAGUGAGUGAUUAAAUGUUAUUGAUUUGAAUUAAAUUGCACUGAAUCAAAGCGAGUGGCUUUAAAGUGCGACACUGAACUUUUGGCUCCACCCCCUCCGCUCCGAGGCUCCAGGAAACUAAAAUUUUGGGGGAUAAAAUUUGAGGUUGUGUGCGAUUCCUCAGCAAAGCGUGCGUCACCAUGAGUUUGACUGUUGGUUUAUGUGUUCACGUGCGCGCUUACACAUUUUAUGCGUUUUCUUUUUUUUUUUUUCUCCAUUGAGGGCUAUUUUCUGAGGGUCGAAUUGUGUCAAAUUUCCAGCCAAAUUUGAGCCGGCGAAUUUGACGCAAAUGUUGCUUUUUUUUGUUUUGGUUUCAAAUCAAAAACAAAAUUUGUUUUUGUUGCAAAAUGCACAUGCAAAUAUUUUGCACUGAAGUGACUAUCCUGCCGCAAGUAGAGCUGCUGCCGGUGUGAAAACGUUGAGGAGAUUCGGAAGUUUGUAGAAAUCGUUUUGAGGGUUUUACAAUAACGAGUUUGUUCUAAUCUACCAGCCACUUUUGGCGGUCGACUAAAAAAAAAAAAAACCGAAUAUAUACUAGUUUUUUCCUGCCAUUCUAACAGCGAACUUGAAACCUUUUUGUAGUCCCAUCGCCAUCCCAAGUCCAGUGUCCCAGUGAAAGCUCGUCACGCACAUCAGAUCUAUAGAAUCUCGCUUCAACUCUUGUCUAGUUGCUCUAUCUCUAGAAUGCUUCUUUAGCUUGCUUCGUCACUGUUCGGUGUGUGUAGAUAUGUAAAGAAAAUAGUACUAAUACCCAGUUUCUGUCUAGAUCGUCCGCUCCCACCCAUCGCUGUUGGAUAGAUAUUGCUCUUUAGACGCUUCUUGUCUUGUGUUAGCGUAGCCUCUCCUCAUAGUAUCCUCCUUUUUAUAGAAGAGCUCCCGUAGUAGACUUCCCGCCUUCGUCCUCUCCUCUGCCAGUGUCUAGUGACUAUAGCUCUAGUGUCUCUCUCGGUGUCUCUGUCUUUUAGCUGUAGACGAAACCUCUCGAGAGGCUCUCGGGGGGCUUUGUGGUUCGCUUUGAGCGCGCUCUCUUUUCUUCUCGCUGUUAGCAUCGCUCCCGUGUCUGGUUAGAUAGGGUCCUUGUCUUUUCCUUUUGUUUUUUCUUCAUCCCCCCCUCGUCUCGACAACAUCGGCCAUCUUCGCUUCUUCACGUUACGAUGUCGGCAGCCGACACACUUGUCUCUGAACCCAGACGGCCAAUCAGAAUGCUUGGAUAUCCAGGUCUUUUUUGUGACAAACGGGAGAGUCAAGUACAGUGUUUGUCGUGCAGCCAGAUUAGGAAAUGAUAGUCUGCUCAACUAGCCACGUAUAAAGUAUAUUGGGACGAAUAAAAGUUAAUUUCAAAGCCCCGAUAAUAAGAGAACAUGUAGGUUUUCUUUUGUUUGUGAGUCCGGACAAAACGCCUUCAAAGAACUUGAACAUUAAAGUUGUUUUCUGGUGUUUGUCCCCGAAUCUGAAUCAACAUGAAGUCCCAUCUGGCCUCCGACUCGCACUCUUUCCUUAAUGUCCGUCUGCGCUCUGGCACCAGACGUGAGCUCUAAUCGCGGCUCUUUAUUUCUCCCCGGAGCAGCCGUGUCACCGUCUCUGAUCUGGCAGCGAUGCAUCGGCACACGGCAGAAAGAGAGAGCCGCUACCGUCCGUGGCACCGAUGGUCACAUAUUUAGCUUUUCUUUCCAUUUUUGCUAAACCUUACGUUGACCUGCAUGGAAUCCCGUCCUGCCUGUUGCGAUGAGAUAGUCGUUGUCCGUGCGUCUCAAGUGGUUUCAAAAUGGUCGAGAGCGAGCGCGUCGAGACCUCUGUGGUUCCUUUGAGUCUCCUAAAUGUUUCUGGCUCCUCUCCUUGAUGUAGCUGGCGGUAAUCAUCACAGCUUUAUCAUGUCGGGUCAUUUGUUUUUACGCUAUUUAUCCAGCGGGGAGGGGGUGUUGGCCGAGCAUGCGGGCUCUAUUUUUUCGGCAACUCCCUUCCUCAAAAAUUCAGACACUUUCUCACAUUUGCAGCUGGGAGUUUCCCACCAAAACCACCGUUUCUGUUUUUAAUCAUUUGCUAUACAAACGUGGUCCCGUGUGGGAUCAGACCAGGCACAACCUCGUGGCUAAGCUGCUACCACCUCUCUGCAUUGUUGUAGCAUGAAUCCAGGUGGAGAAGGAUGAACGUUGAUGUCAUAAGAAUGCCCGUCCUCUGCUGAAGGCCCGAGUGUACCAAUCGUUCAGAUGGCGAGCCGUUUCGCUCUUUUUUGGGGUCGGUUGAGUGCAUGGUUGUAUCGUUGUUUGUUGUCCCCAAAAAGAAGCAUGAUGUGAUGGUGGACGGAUCUCGCUUUCCCGACCAGUCAGUCCUCGUCCGCGACGGGGACUGAAUCCGACCGAUGUUUGUUUUACGCUGCCGAUAAACGAGCCACUGUAGCAACAAAAAAACCCGGAGCGCCCAACGUCUUUUUGUGUUACUUCUCCCCAAAGAUGUCACACUCGCAGCACAGAUUCGUCCUCGGUUGACGGUCGCUGUUCGCUUCAUUAAAGAAAAGAUGAAACGAAGGAAGAGAAGCUUUUUUUAAACGGAUACGACCCC